GCCAGUGCAGAGCUAGACACAGAGAGACACACACACACACACUCUCUGUUGCUCUAUCAGGCACCAGCUGCAAAGGCAACUUAGCCCUAUUGGACUGUCUCUCGCUCACACACACACACACAUACACAUACACACGCUGGUGUGCGCGUGAACGGACUCCGUCAUACAAAACGCACUGCAUCUGCUGUUUGGACUGACGGAAGGAGGACAGUAUAGAGACAGCUACCAGGAUCAACUCAAUGGCCAACAGCGUGACGUCCCUGUGUUGUGUAGUGUUGGCAGCAGUGGUGGUGGCCUACGCACAGAGACGCAGCCAGCUGGGUGCCAGGGUGCAGUAUGAGCGCAUGGGGUCCGACGUCACCAUGCAGUGUGGCUCCCUGGACAGCACCGCCGCAGUCACCUGGAAGGUGAACGGGACGGACGUGCGAGCCCGCCACCAGCAGGACGGCCCGCAGCUGGUGCUGCUGGAGGUGGACCUGAGCAGUAACGGCCUCUACAGCUGCUUCCAGGAGCCCAACGGAGAACGGAGGGACCAGAUCAACCUGCGCAUCGGCAGGCACCCCAUGUUCCCUGUUUGA